AUGGAUGGACCGCUAAAGACCAUCCUCUACGCUGAUGACAUCGCUCUGAUAGCGGAGAGUCAAGAAAAACUCACGGGCAAGCUGGAGAAAUGGCAGAAAGUGCUGACGGAAAGCUUGCUCCUGCUGAAUGUGAAGAAGAUCAAGCUCCUCAGCUCCGAGGAGUGCGCGGAGUCGUUCUUCGACGGUCUCGGGGAAACCAUCGAAAGGGUUAAGGGUUUCUAA